UGCCAGCCCGGGCUCCAGGGAAACCGUGGCGGCGGGCUUCCCAGCAGCAGCAAUAUCUUAAAGGCCCUGCGAGCUAUGACUUUAAAGCAUGACGAAUCCCAAGAUACUGAGGAACAGUUUAUAUUGCGUCUGCCUCAGGAACAGGCUUAUGCUGUCAGGAAGAUUAUACAUUCUAGAGGUCCUGGCAUGAAGGAUAAACUAAAAAUUGGCUUUGCCCCUGAUGGACAUCAUGCAGUUGUUCAGGUAGAAGAUGUCUCACUGUCUGCUAAGCUGGUUAAUUUGCCUUGUGUUAUCGGAAGCCUGAAAACCGUUGAUAGAAAAACAUUUUAUAAAACAGCAGAUAUUUCUCAGAUGCUUGUAUGCAGUGCUCAUGGUGAGCCUCACUCUUCCCCAGAAGAACCAGUUACCUCUGCUCAUACUACUGUAACUGGAAGGGGUGGAGGGAAGACAGAUAGAAAAAGAUACAACUGGAAGCAUGGCAUUACUCCACCACUUAAGAAUGUCAGAAAGAAAAGGUUCCGGAGAAUAAGAAAAAAGCUUCCUGAUGUCAAACAAGUGGAUGCAGUUGGCUUGCGUGAGGACACUGAAUCUCCAAAUGUGGAUAAAGAAGUGAAGAGACUGCUGUGUUCAGAUGCUGAAGCCGUCAGUAUCCGCUGGGAAGUCAUUGCUGAUGAUGAAUCCAAGGAAAUAGAAAGUCAAGGGUGCAUCUCAGGCAUUUCAGGAAUUGCACAAAUGAGUGGUCUUAGCUCAUCAGAAAAUGAAAUGCUUCGAGAGAUGUUUGGCGAUUCUGGCAGUAACAGUAAUGAUGUGGAAGAUAAGGGUGCUAAAAUUGAAGAGGAGGAUGUUGACAAUCAAAAGGAGAAUGAUGGGGAUCCGGAUGAUGAUGAUGAUGAUGAUGAUGAUGAAGAUGAUGAAGAUGAUGAUGAAGAGGAAGAAGAAGAAAAGGAGAUAGACAGUCGUGAAGAGAAUUUAGAAAGGGAGCUGCAAAUCCAAUUUAUUCAUCCUAGCUUCUGUGAAACCAACAAAGAUUACAGUUCAAUAAUCACAGGAAUUCAGAAACUGAUUCAUGUCAAAGAAAUGAAGCUCCAAAAGAUUUAUAAAAAAGCACAACGACAGAAAGAUCUCCUUAGGAAUGUGGAAAACUUGACCCUUAAGAGGCAUUUCCAGUAUGCUUUGGGGCAGCUUAACAUAUUGGAAAGACAAAAGUGUGAAGAGAUUUCUCACCUACAGGAACAACUGAAAUGUUAUCUAAAGGAGUAAAGAAACCCUCAGCCUAGCAUAUAAAGUGGAUUCACCUUCCAGAUGAAGACUUGGUGGAACCACUAGUUACUUUAUAUUAACCAACUGUAUUUGCUUAUUUGAAUAUUUUACUAGUUAUAGUAAAAAAUAAACAUCAUAGCCAUAUAGAAGGGGAUAGUAUAAAAUGCAUAAUAGGCUUAGAGACCCCACUCAACAUGGGCUUUGUUUUUCUUUACCAAUUUAAGAUUAAAUAUGUAUGAGCUAUAUAUUUGUCUUUUGUUGUAUGGUACCAUUAGAUCAUUCGGCCAUGCUUGUCAAAGGAAGAUGUAGCCUAGAGGAUGUACAACUGUUUUAUAGAUGUUAGCUUUUCAAACCCUGUUUUAAGUAUUUCCUACAAUAUAGAAAAUAAUAAACUUGUUAGAUUGUAAUCCCAGAACUCAAAAGGCAGAAGCAGAAAGGUCCCAGUUGAAGGUCAGCCUGGGAUAUAUACGAGACCCUGUCUCAAAAAGCAAAACAAAACAAAAAUAAAAACAUCCCUAAUUUCUGUCAGUGACUGGAUCCUGUCACAAUUGUUUAAAUGCCUACCUUUCAGUAAUAAAUACUAGGUUAUGCCCUUUUUUGGGUUAAAGGCUACUUUCCUGCUCACCGAUUAUUUCUUUCUACUUAUCUUUGCUCUCUGAUUAGAUAUUGAAGACCAAAGCUGAUGUUAUUCUUUAGCUAAGAGAAGAAUUACAGAGAAAAAAAAUGCCUCCCUUAUUCUAAGUCUUUUGUAUUGUAACUCCCAUAAGAAAAGAUUAGCAAAAGCUAAAUUCCUGUAAUGCCCAUGAAGACUUCCUUAAUAACCCUGGAUUUUUUCAAAACAAAAACAAAAACAUUUUAUUGAUAUUGAUACUUUGUGGAUUUUGCGUCAUGCAUCCUGAUCGCACUCAUUUCCUCAUCCGCUUGCUUCCACCCCCAAAAACAAAAUUUAAAA